AGCGGCUCAGCCAGCCGCGAAGACAGCGGGCUGAGCGAUGGAGGCCGAUGGGCAGUCGUGGGCCGGCGAGUCCGUGUCGGGCCCGGGCCCGGGAGGCGGCGGAAUGAUUCGUGAGCUGUGCCGGGGCUUCGGCCGCUACCGCCGCUACCUGGGACGGCUGCGGCAGAACCUGCGCGAGACCCAGAAGUUCUUCCGCGACAUCAAAUGCUCCCACAGCCACAGUUGUCCCUCCUCCCCCGCAGGCGGCGGCGCGGCCGAGCUUGGCCCUGCCGGCGACGUCUCCGAAGCCCCGCUGCCAGCGGGCCAGCUGAGCUGCAUUUCCUUCCCACCUACGGAAGAGAAGUAUCUCCAGCAGAUUGUGGAUCGCCUUCCCUGUAUCCUGAUCCUCGGCCAGGAUUGCAAUGCCAAGUGCCAGCUGUUGAACCUGCUGUUGGGGGUGCGGGUGCUUCCCACCCUCAAGCUGGACAGUGACGAGAGCUGUAAGCUUCGGCGCCUUCGCUUCACCUAUGGGACUCGGACUCAGGUCAGCUUGGCGCUCCCCGGUCAGUAUGAGCUAGUGCACACGCUAGCUUCACAUCAGGACAACUGGGAGACCAUCCCUGAGGAAGACCUGGAGGUUCAAGAAGACAGUGAGGACGCUGCUCAUGUGUUAGCCGACCUCGAGGUGACAAUGCAGCAUGCUCUCCUACAGGAAGUGGACAUUGUGGUGGCACCAUGCCACAGCCACCGGCCUGCAGUAGAUGUUCUGAGUGAUUUGGCAAAUGAUUUCUUGCCUGUCAUAACCUAUGCACUUCACAAAGAUGAACUCUCUGAGAGGGAUGAGCAAGAGCUUCAGGAAAUUAGAAAGUAUUUCUCCUUUCCUGUGUUCUUUUUCAAAGUACCCAAGCUGGAGAUAAUCAACUCUUCCAGUGGGAGAGCAGAGAGUGAAAGAUCACCACUGUAUGGACAGCUAAUGGAUCUGGGCUAUCUGAGCAGCAGUCACAGAAACUGUGUAGCCUCUGACCAGGACUGUAAAGCUCAGAGCAUGUUGGUGGAGCAAAGUGAGAAGCUGAGACAGUUGAGUACAUUUUCUCACCAGCUGCUACAGACCCGCCUAGUGGAUGCAGCCAAGGCCCUGAAUGUGGUACACAGCCACUGCCUUGACAUCUUUAUUAACCAGGCUUUUGACAUGCAGCGGGACCUGCAGAUCACUCCCAAACGCCUAGAAUAUACUAGGAAAAAGGAGAAUGAAUUGUAUGAAUCCUUGAUGAACAUUGCCAACCGAAAGCAAGAGGAAAUGAAGGAUAUGAUUGUUGAGACACUUAACACCAUGAAAGAGGAACUUCUGGAUGAUGCUGCCAACAUGGAGUUUAAAGAUGUCAUUGUCCCUGAGAAUGGAGAAACAAUCGGGACCAGAGAGAUCAAAUCCUGCAUCCGGCAGAUCCAGGAGCUCAUCAUCUCCAGGCUUAAUCAGGCAGUGGCCAACAAGCUGAUCAGCUCGGUGGAUUACCUCCGGGAAAGCUUUGUCGGGACCCUGGAGCGGUGUCUGCAGAGCCUUGAAAAAUCACAGGAUGUCUCAGUUCAUAUCACCAGCAAUUAUCUCAAACAGAUCUUAAAUGCAGCUUACCAUGUUGAAGUCACUUUUCACUCGGGGUCUUCAGUUACUCGAAUGCUUUGGGAACAAAUCAAGCAGAUCAUCCAGCGUAUCACAUGGGUGAACCCCCCCACCGUCACUCUAGAGUGGAAGAGGAAGGUGGCCCAGGAAGCCAUCGACAGCCUCAGCGCCUCCAAGUUGGCCAAGAGCAUUUGCAGCCAGUUCCGUACUCGGCUCAAUAGUUCUCACGAGGCUUUUGCAGCCUCCUUGAGGCAGUUGGAAGCUGGCCAUUCUGGUCGUCUGGAGAAAACUGAAGAUCUGUGGCUAAAGGUUCGAAAGGACCACGCCCCCCGUCUGGCCCGCCUUUCACUAGAGAGCCGGUCUUUACAGGAUGUCUUGCUUCACCGUAAGCCUAAAUUAGGACAGGAACUGGGCCGGGGCCAAUAUGGUGUGGUAUACCUGUGUGACAACUGGGGGGGACACUUCCCUUGUGCCCUCAAGUCAGUUGUUCCUCCAGAUGAGAAGCACUGGAACGAUCUGGCAUUGGAGUUUCACUACAUGAGAUCUUUGCCAAAGCACGAGCGGCUGGUAGAUCUCCACGGCUCAGUCAUUGACUACAACUACGGCGGCGGCUCCAGCGUGGCUGUCCUGCUCAUUAUGGAGCGGCUGCACCGGGACCUCUACACAGGGCUGAAGGCUGGGCUGACCCUGGAGACACGUUUGCAAAUAGCUCUGGAUGUGGUAGAGGGAAUCCGCUUUCUGCACAGCCAGGGGCUUGUUCAUCGGGAUAUCAAACUGAAAAAUGUUCUGCUGGACAAACAAAACCGUGCCAAGAUCACCGACUUAGGAUUCUGUAAACCAGAAGCUAUGAUGUCAGGCAGUAUUGUGGGGACACCAAUCCAUAUGGCCCCUGAACUUUUCACAGGAAAGUAUGAUAAUUCUGUGGAUGUCUAUGCUUUUGGGAUCCUUUUCUGGUAUAUCUGCUCCGGCUCUAUCAAGCUCCCCGAGGCAUUCGAGAGGUGUGCUAGCAAAGACCAUCUCUGGAAUAAUGUGCGCAGAGGGACCCGUCCGGAGCGUCUUCCUGUGUUUGAUGAGGAGUGCUGGCAGUUGAUGGAGGCAUGUUGGGAUGGAGACCCCUCUAAGAGGCCUCUCUUGGGCAUUGUCCAGCCUAUGCUCCGAAGCAUUAUGGAGCGGCUCUGCAAGUGCAAUUCUGAACGACCAAACAGAGGACUAGAUGAUUCUACUUGAAGACAAAAGCCUUUCUCUUCACUCUGUUCCUUCCUUCCUUCCCUCUCACCUUUUGGCCAUGGGGAGAAUUUGUUGUUUGCUCAUUAAGGGAGCUCCCAAGGGAACUGGUGCUUGUUGGCAACUGGGUAGAGAUGGCUCCUGGGCAGUGAAGAGUUCGGUGGCUGUCUUAGUAUUCACACUGCCUUACACUGUCUCUCUGGCAAAAGAUUGACUCGGAUGUGUAAAAACUGAAGAAUGUGAUGUUCUGGUCUCAGAACUGAAAAGAAGACAACUGUUACCACUGUCUGCUCACUGUGUGUCUCUAAAACAAGUACAGCCUGCAGUGCAGGGCAUCAGUCCAAUGGUAGAGACCACUUAGAAACAUGACCUUAGUUCAGGAUCCUAUGGUCAUAAAGGCAAAAACCAAACCAACCUAGCCAGAUAUACCUGUGGUUGUCUGGUUUUUGUUCUUUAUAGGCAGGGUCUCAGGUUGUUACAGUCAAAGACCCAGGAGGCAGCUGGACGUGAAACUGUCUGUCCUCACAACCCAGUGUGUUUACAUUUCCAGGGCCAGGGAGCCCUGGUUUCUGUGGGGCAGAGCUAACCCAGAACAGAAUCUGUUUGAUUCUUGUGUCUUUCCCAUCCUCUAUCCUCCUUUUUUCUCAAAAAGGAGGGAAUAAACCAGAUAACAUGGUACUUAGACUUGAGCGUCCAAUCAGAAAUAAGACUAUAAUUUUGUUGUUUUUAAUGGGAUGUAGCCCAGGCUAGCCUUAAGUUCAUCCUUAUGCCUCAGCCUCCACAGUGUUGGGAUUAUAGGCAUGUGCUACCAUGCAUAGCUUCUAACUCUAUAACUCACUCCUUUCUUCUUCCGUGCUGGGGAUCAAUCCCACUGCUCAGAUACUGCUGGUAAGCACUCUCCCAUGAGCUAUGCUCCAGCUUCAUAUAGCUUUUAAAGUUCACUUCGAACACUCGGCACCAUGAACUCUGAUAAUUGUGCAGUUGAGCAUGGUGGUCUAAACACUCACAGCUCUUCAGAAACGCCGUGUAAUACUUUCUACAUGCAAACUGUAAUGGACAAGUGAUGGGCCAGUGCCUUUGGGUUCCUUAGCUCUGGCUCAUUUUGGCAGAAUGCUUAGUCUAGCUUUUAGAAUUUUAAUACCUACUCAACUACACUUAGUUACUCUACUCUGAGGUUAACAUGUUGCUCUCUGGAGACUGUAGGAUAUACAGGAAGCCAAAGAGUCAAGAAAUGAAUUGUCUCUGCUAGUUAAGUCUGUUGUGUGUGAAACCUGAGGUCUUACGUAGUUAGAAGACUGCUGACCCUUGUUCUUGAGUCUAGCUGUAAUAAAGAGGCGGUAGCUCCAGUAUGAAACUAUAUUCCUAACAUUCUUUGGAACUCUUAGCCCAUACUCAGUCUUAUAAGUGGGAGAUUAGAUUUUUGUUUCCUCAUCCAGAAUCUCUUUUCAGUCUCCUGUCAGAUUACAGGUUCCUUCUUUUAAUUUUAAAAAGUCAAUUCCCAUCAUUUUCUGCCCAGUGGGAGGAGCAGAGAGGCUAAUGCCAUAGGAAAGGAAGAGGAGUUGUAUAGUGAACUCACUAAAGAGUAUCCAAGGAAGGCCCAAGAUGUUCCUGAGUGUCUGGGCAUGCCAAAGGCCACACUGGUGGGAUUUGGUGUUGGUAUUUAAUGCUCAGCGGGCUGAGUAUAUGAACAUGUAUGUCUAACUUGUGUGUAUUUUACUUUAUAACAUUGUAAGCUAAUUUUGGAGUCUAUGUUUUUUGGCAUCUAUUAUUAUUGCAGUGAUAAAAUGCCAUAAAAUGUACUGUAUUGUAUACCACUUGGGAGGACACUAGGUGGUCAGAGAAGUUUGGUGGCACUUGGGUAGUACAGGGCUCGACAGGUUUUGAAGAUUUACCUCUAGGCUGAGGGACGAAGAAGGGAGGUAUGAAGAGCUGCCUUUAUUGUGUGUUAUCCUUCAAACGUUUCCAUAAGGGCAGUUUACUCUAGCCCAGCACUGACACCCGGCUACUGCUUGGGAGCUUAAAGUCUGGCUACUCAGUUUUCCUCAGAAUGGAGUGACAGGCCUUUCUGCAGAGCAAUCAGAAGUGCGGGCAGAGUCUGGACUGCAAGGCUCAUCUGCAUCCGUGGCACAGAUGACUGGCUUCUUGACUGAGCAAUCCUUCACUGUUCUCAGGAAGACGACUAUCCUGGUUGUUGCCAGACCAAAGAGAGUCACUUCUGACUCUGUCACGUUUAAGGGACAGGGCUAGGCAGCCAUGGUUCUAAGUGCUAACACUAAUGCUCAAGAAAACCAAGGAAAGGCUGCAUUACUGUUCCAGCCAGAGCAGAAUGGUAAGCUCUGAACCCCUCAGCUCCCCAAAUGCAUUUCUGUAUUUUUGCUUGAGCUGUCAAACAGGUUAGAGCACUCAGGGUAUGUGUAACUCCGUGGUAGAAUGUGCUUAGCCUGCACAUGGCCUUGGGUUCAGUGUCUGGUACCAAAACAAAACAAACCCACGAAGGUCAAAGAGCGGUUGGAAUGUUUUUCCUGACAGUAGUGGCCUGGGGUAGUAGGGCUGCAAAAUGACAGCUGCACUAAAUGACACUUUAUUGUUAUUGUUGUCUUAUUUAGCACUGAGAAGCCCAGGGGAUAGGUGAGUACAGUCACACUUAGUAAACUGAGGCACCCUUUGGUCUUGUUCUAGAGAGAUGCCUUGUUUGAUCUAACUUACUGGGAGACCUCCCAAGACCAUGUUCUGUCAGGAUGGAGUAACAACCUUGGAAAAGUGCAUCCCAAAGAAGGAGCUGCUUUACAUGUUUAGAACUAGCAUUCUGUAUAUGUUGGGUCAAAGAGUCCACAUAUUCCUUAAAAGAAAAUGAGGAUUCGGUUUUUUAAAUGUUGGGGUAUGUGAGAUAGAGAUGGUGUAAUAUUAGAGUGGACCAGGAAGGGGUGGCCUUAAAAGACACCUGGACUGCAAACUCCCCUAGAAGUUUCAGUCCUGUUGUUAAGAGUUUUAUUUUUAACUUCAUCUGCUUUUUUAGCAUCUAGUGUGAUUGUCAUAGUGGGAGAAUGUACAAAUACCUGACGUCAUCGGAGAAACCAAGUAGCCCAGAGAAUUGACAAGAAAAUUAGUCUGGACGGCCUGCUGGUUUUUGUUUUGGGGGGGGGGGGCUUGGGGGGGCUGGGUUUUUUUGUCUUUAUGUAAUGUUUUUAUUUGUUUUAAAGGACUAAUGUUUAUUACAGUGUUAUAUAAAAGUGUAACAUAUUAAGUGUAUAGAAUAAAGUGCAAUAACAAAAAUCUGCUCGACACAAAUUUUAGCCUCUGUACCCCCCUUUCUUGUGCAGUGUGGCUCUUUCCAUGGCAUUGUUAGUGGGACCAUUUUAUUUGUUUUUUUUGUUUUGUUUUGUUUUGUUUUGUUUUGUUUUUUUUGAGAGAGAGAUACAGCUCUAGGUUUUGUCUUAGUAUAACCUGAAUGGCUGUACUAGGUUUUGUGGAGUGUUCUGUAAGUUGUGGGGAUAUGGAUACCAGGUGUGCUGCAUAAUAAAGACCACAUUCAUGUCCCAGUGUUA